AUGGCGGUGCCUAGUGCCUCCUGGGUGUCCUUCGUCCUCAUCCUGGAGGUCACGGCUGUAUUGGGGAGGCAGCCAACGCUCAGCCAAUCUGUGAGAAGAGUCCGCCCCGGCAGGAGGACACCCAGCAACUUUGCACAGCCAGUGGAACCCCUGGAGAGUCCUGGCGAGUGGACCACCUGGUUCAACAUCGACCACCCAGGGGGGAAAGGUGAUUUUGAGCGGCUGGACGCAAUUCAGUUCUACUACGAGGACCGCGUGUGUGCCCAGCCCCUGUGGCUGGAGGCGCGGACCACCGACUGGACCCCCGCGAGCAGCACCGGCCAGGUGGUCCACAGCAGCCCCCGGGAGGGCUUCUGGUGCCUUAACAGGGAGCAGCGGCCUGGCCAGAACUGCUCCAACUACACUGUGCGCUUCCUGUGCCCGCCAGGGUCCCUGCGCCGAGAUGCGGAGCGCAUCUGGAGCGCCUGGUCUCCGUGGAGCAAGUGCUCCGCUUCCUGCGGCCACACUGGGGUGCAGACCCGAACACGCACCUGCCUGUCUGAGACGGUGUCGCUGUGCCGCGAGGCCACGGAAGAAGGCCGGCUCUGCGUGGGUCACGACUGUGCAGCCUGCGACCUGCGCUGCCCCAUGGGACAGCCAAAUGCCAACUGUGAUGCUUGCAUGUGCCAGGACUUCACACUGCAUGGGGCUGUUUCCCUGCCUGGGGGAGCCCCAGCUUCAGGGGCCACGGUUCACCUGCUCAGCAAGACAGUGAAGCCACUGACCCAGACGGACAGCAGUGGGCAGUUCCGUGUGCCAGGCCUGUGCCCUGAUGGCAUGAGCACCUUGAAGAUCACAAAAACCAAGUUUGUCCCCAUCAUGCUCACGAUGCCCAGGACUGACAGGAAGGCAGCUACCGUCAGUGCUGAGUUCAUGAGGGCAGAGACCCCAUACAUUGUGAUGAACCCCGAGACAAAAGCACGGCGAGCAGGGCAGAGUGUUGCUCUGUGCUGUUCAGCCACGGGAAAGCCCAGCCCAGACAAGUAUUUCUGGUACCAUAAUGGCACACAGCUGGACGUGUCCCUGUACAAGCAUGAGAGCAAGCUGGUGCUGAGGAACCUGCGACGGGACCAGGCUGGCGAGUACUUUUGCAAAGCCCAGAGUGACGCUGGGGCUGUGAAGUCCAAGGUUGUCCAGCUGAGCAUCAUAGGCCCCAAUGAGGCCCCCUGCAACCCUACACCUGAGAGCUACCUGAUCCGGCUGCCCCACGAUUGCUUCCAGAGCGCUACCAACUCCUUCUACUACGACGUGGGCCGAUGCCCUGUCAAGACCUGCGCUGGGCCUCAGGACAACGGGAUCAGGUGCAGGGAUGCUGUGGAGAACUGCUGUGGCAUCUCCAGAACCCAGGAGCGAGAGAUCCAGUGCAAUGGGUACACGCUGCCCACCAAGGUGGCCGUGGAGUGCAGCUGCCAGCGAUGCACGGAGACCCGGAGCAUUGUGCGGGGCCGUGUCAGUGCCGCUGACAACGGGGAGCCCAUGCGCUUCGGCCACGUGUACAUGGGGGGCAGCCGCGUGAGCAUGACUGGCUACAAGGGCACGUUCACCCUCCAGAUCCCCCAGGACACGGAGAGGCUGGUGCUCACCUUCGUGGACAGGCUGCAGAAGUUUGUCAACACCACCAAGGUGCUGCCCUUCAACAGAAAGGGGAGCGCUGUGUUCCACGAGAUCAAGGUGCUCCGGCGGAAGGAGCCAGUCAGCCUGGAGAGCAUGGAGACCAACUUCAUCCCCCUGGGAGAGGUGCCCGGAGAGGACCCCGUGGCGGAGCUGGAGAUCCCUUCCAAUAGCUUCUACAGGCAGAACGGGGAGCCCUUCACGGGCAAAGUAAAGGCCAGUGUGUCCUUCCUGGACCCCCGGAAUAUUUCCACAGCCACCGCCGCCCAGAGCGACCUGAAUUUCAUCAGUGAUGAAGGCGACACCUUGCCCCUGCGCACCUAUGGUAUGUUCUCGGUGGACUUCACCGACGAGGUCACCUUGGAAUCGCUGAAUGUGGGCAAGGUGAAGGUCCACCUGGACACCGCCCAGGUGAAGAUGCCCGAGCAUGUGCCCACCAUGAAACUCUGGUCCCUCAACCCGGACACGGGGCUGUGGGAGGAGGAAGAUGACUUCAAGUUUGAGAGCCACCGUCGGGGCAAGAGGGAAGAGAGGACCUUCCUGGUGGGCAACAUGGAGAUCCGGGAGCGGCGGCUCUUCAACCUGGACGUGCCUGAGGCCCGGAGGUGCUUCAUCAAGGUGCGGGCUUACCGCAGUGAGCGGUUCCUCCCGAGUGAGCAGAUCCAAGGGGUGGUAGUCUCCGUGAUCAACCUGGAGCCCCAGACCGGCUUCUCCUCCAACCCCCGGGCCUGGGGCCGCUUUGACAGUGUCAUAACGGGCCCCAAUGGGGCCUGCGUGCCUGCCUUCUGUGAUGACCGGUCCCCGGACGCCUACUCUGCCUAUGUCCUGGCCAGCCUGGGUGGGGAAGAGCUGGAAGCGGUUGCAUCUGCACCCAAAUUCAACCCCAACGCCAUCGGGGUCCCCCAGCCCUACCUCAACAAACUCAAGUACCGUCGGACUGACCACGAGGACCCGCGCGUGAAGAAGACAGCCUUCCAGAUCAGCAUGGCUAAGCCCAGGCCCAACUCAGCAGAGGAGAGCAACGGGCCCAUCUACGCCUUCGAGAACCUUCGGGCCUGCGAGGAGGCUCCGCCCAGCGCGGCCCAUUUCCGCUUCUACCAGAUCGAGGGGGACCGCUACGACUACAACACCGUGCCCUUCAGUGAGGACGACCCCAUGAGCUGGACGGAGGACUACCUGGCCUGGUGGCCCAAGCCCAUGGAGUUCCGGGCCUGCUACAUCAAGGUGAAGAUCGUGGGGCCGCAGGAGGUGAACGUGCGCUCCCGCAACCUGGGCGGCACGCACCGGCGCACGGCGGGGAAACUCUACGGCAUCCGCGACGUGCGCAGCACGCGGGACCGGGAGCAGCCCAACGUGUCCUCGGCCUGCGUGGAGUUCAAGUGCAGCGGGAUGCUGUACGACCAGGACCGCGUGGACCGCACCCUGGUCAAGGUCAUCCCGCAGGGCAGCUGCCACCGCGCCAGCGUCAACCCCAUGCUGCACGAGUACCUGGUCAACCACCUCCCGCUGGCCGUCAACAACGACACCAGCGAGUACACCAUGCUGGCGCCCCUGGACCCCCUGGGCCACAACUACGGCAUCUACACCGUCACCGACCAGGACCCGCGCACGGCCAAGGAGAUCGCGCUCGGCCGCUGCUUCGACGGCUCCUCGGACGGCGCGUCCAGAGUCAUGAAGAGCAACGUGGGCGUGGCGCUCACCUUCAACUGCGUGGAGCGGCAGGUGGGCCGCCAGAGCGCCUUCCAGUACCUGCAGAACGUGCCCUCCCGGCCCGCCGCCAACGGGGCGGGCGACGGCCAGAGGGCAGUGCAGUCCAGGAGGCAGAGGGCCAGCAGGCUGGGCCAGCGGCGGCGCAGCAGGGUGAGCUCUCUGCGGUACCCCGGGGCCGCCCAGCAGCCCGUGCGCACCCGAGUGUGA